AGCAUCAAGUGCUUUCCAUCUGCUCUGAGCUUGUGUUGCUGGUAUGGCAGGUGAUGAUGGAAGGGGUUGCAAAUCACGUCAAGCUGCAGCAGUCAUAUUAGUCCUGUGUGCUUUGGCCCGAAGUUUAACUUGUUUUAGCUUGCAAGGGCCAAACACAAAAGUAGAGCAGUACAAGGCAGCUGAUAAAGCCACAGUGACGAGAGCAGAGACAGGAAAAAUGAUCUUAAAUGGGAAAAAUCUUAGCUCCAAGCCAGGAUCUGCCUCUGCUGCUGCCACGGGAAAUGACAGACUGCUGCAUGUUGACUUGGAUCGAUCGGAUAGCACAGGGAUGUUUGAGCGGACUUCACAGCUUGAGGACAACAUGGCCAAUGACACAGCAUGGAGACGUUUGAAUCCCUCCCUGCACUGUGGGCAAAGCAAGAUGAAGCUGAAAGCCAUGGGACCUGGAGCUGCUGACUUAAAGCUAGACAUGGGUAACGCACGUCCCCUGCCUUUGAGCCAGGUGCCUGAAACCUGCGGCUAUUCAAUGCGGCAAAAUGCACUGGGCCUCAUUUUGGUUGUUCCUUAUGAUGGCUGUAAUGUGAUACAAGAGGAUGGAAAUUAUAUGUUGCCAAUGACUUGGCGGGAGACUCCAGUUAAAUUUGCCUGCCCCAUGUUGACAAGUUCUGCUAAAACGCCUGCUUUGACUACCCCUGAGCCUCCUCACCAGCCCUGGAUACUUCCUUUGCCUCCCAUGCCCAGGAGCCCAAAUCGUCACAAACGUCAUGCAAACCAUCCCAUCUACUAUCCUAGCAAUGCAUAUUAUGCCUGGUAUUACUACUAUUACAUGAAUAUGAUGACACCAGCACCAACUCCUGGUGCUACGACUACUGCUAAGCCUGACAUGACCACCACUACCAAUCCAGCUACACAAAAACCUCCUGUAUAUCCGUACAACCCAUAUUACCCUUACCAUCUUUACCCUUAUUAUCCAUACUACCUCUACUAUCCCUACUACCCUCAGCCAGUGAUGACUACCACUGCCAAACCGGUGACUACUACAGCCAAGAUGACCACAGCAGCAUCAGGACAAACGAUCACCACGAAGUCAGCAUCAACCACCACGAAGUCGGCAUCAACCACCAAGACUCCAAGACCACAGUUUCCUUAUUAUCCUCCAUAUUAUCCUUACUAUCCCCUCUACCCUCCAGGACACCAGAUGCCAGCAAUGCCUGACAAUACUGACAUUUACUACUACCCUAUCAUUCAGCAUUACUACGGAAGGCCUCCAUACCAGCAAACUACUCAGUCUCCAACUCCAACGACUGCUAAGCCGAGUGUCACCACAAAACCAAGUGGCUCAAGUCCUACGAAGAAGCCAACAACCUCCUCAGCUCCUUCAACUGCUAAAACAACUAAAAAACCAUGUUCAAGCACACCACAACCCAGCAGUGGAGACUAUCCAGGCUCAAUGAGUUCAUAUGUUUCCUACGACCAGCUCCCCUUUCCACUAGAAGUUAUAUACAACAAGGCUCGCAAACUCCCAGAUGACCAAAAGUUAAUCCCUCAUGCUGGCUACAAAUCUGGACUCGAGGCUAGAGCACACCCAGGCUUCAACUACUGGCAACCUGUUCCCUGGUUUCCACAAAAUGGGCAGAGGUAAUUUUCAGUUUGACUGGAGGAAACUACUUCACAUGCCCAACUCCAAAUGGUUGAUGUCCUGUGAUACUGAGCAUUCAAUAAACAUUGUUUUACUCAGCACUUUA